AUGUCUACACCUCAACAACAACAACCAAUCCCCAAACCUCCGCGCCGUUCCGGGAGGAAGAACAAAGGCCAAUCUACUCCAAAUGGCACCCAUCGAGCUGUCAUGUCAGACAAUGAAGCCUCCCUAAGUCAAGCCCAUGUCAGUGGCACUGAACAAGCUGGAGGCAAUCAGAAGGGUCGCCGGAAGUCUCAAGCGCACAACAAGGCGCAAACCAGUGGCCAUGUCUCGGAUAACCCCCAGCCUAGCAAAACACAGGCUACUCCGAUCAAACAAGCGUAUGCUGGACCUACUUUCCACCAGUCACCCGCAGCAUCAGCGCUGCCUUUGCCGAGCUUUUACUCUAGAUCCGUGCCAGCGCAAGCACGCAUGCCUAUAGCUGAAGAUCCAGCUGAAUCCGCCGACAUCACCCCAUCGGACGAGGGCACCCCUACGAAGCGAGAAUCAACGCCUCUUGACUUCCUUUUCGAUGCUGCCCGUCAGGCUCGCGGCACACCGCGUGGUGAGAGCCCUGCUGCGCGCUCUGGCAAUCAUUCCAUUCCAUCUCAUAGUCCUGCUGGCAGGUCUCCAGUUCCUCGUGAGCCAGAGUCGGUGUUUCCAUUCGAGCUGGAUGGCGCCUCCGCAGCCGGCGAAGACGGCCCUAAGAUCACGUCAACUUACAGAGACCGCAUGGCCUCUGUAAAAUCCACCCGGUCAACUUCGGACGGUGUGAGAGACAUGGACGAAGGUGAGCGCAGAGCUAAGUCAGAUGCUCUCAAGAAGCUGCUCAUGCAUCAAAGCCCUCAUACGAGUCCUCAGGCGCUUGACCCCAGCAAUCCAUUUAACGCUCGGCCUGCACAACCACGUCAACAUUCUGGGCCUCCUACUCCAGUAGGAUACCCAAAUCACAAUAGUCAAGCCAAUCAAUAUUUCAAUAUGAACGACACACCAAACAAGCAGUACACGCUCAACAAUAUGCCGGCUCGUCCGCCCUCACAUCUUCGUUAUGAAGCCGCAUCUGAGCCAGAGCCAGCUGAGCUGUCGUCCGACAGCGCGAUGUCCCCAUCUCGCAUCUCUACUAGCCGCCGUCAGGCGAACCACACCCUACCAAUUCACCAACACCAGGUAUAUCAUCAGCAAAAUCGCCCGCCACCCGGCCUUGGCCACCAACAGGCACCAAUGUACAAUCCAUAUGGUCCGCCGCCAAGCGCACCAACGCAGCCGUCCCCUCGGCAAGGUCAUCGCAGCAAACCGAGCGCACAACAGCUGGAAGACGAUCUUAGGAGGGUACUCAACCUCAAUGUUGCCAGUAACGGAUGA